GUCACACGGCUGAAGCUAAAGAUGCUUCAACUGCCGUUUCACUGUGACUUUAACAUUAAGUUGUACUCUGUGGCAAACUUUGGCCACACCUAGAUCUCGUCCCACUUCCACACACUCACUAAAAAAAAUAAAAAAAUAAAAAAGAGCAGCCCUUUUUUUUUUUCUCCGGUGCGUUUGUUUGUGUGACGGCGAGUCCCGGCGGUGUAACCGGAGAGGGGCCUCAGAGAGGGAAUGCAGGACUGCAAUGGAGCACAAUGCAAUACAGGUAAAGCCGAUAUUAUUUCAACAUUAUGUCGAUUUAUUUCACGUCGAGUUGGCGGGGUUUCAGACCUGUUGAUGUGGGGGAUUUUUUUAACCGAGUGUCGCUGUGGAUCGAAGGUUAAAAUCGGCGUUUUAUUUCAUUUAGUUUGAAUGUCGUAUUGAUUGUUUUCUCAUAUCAACCAAACCCGGAGCAGCAGCGGCGGCGGCAGGCAGGGAGAGUUGCUCUGACUGCAAUUACAACUUUAUUCAACCAGGCUCAACUUUUUUUUUCCCGCAGAGGUGGAAAAUAAUCGGCUGAUAUUUGCAUUUUUACGAGGAAACAGUCGUCUGUAACACGGCGCCGUCGUCUCAUUUGAUAUCGCAGCCUCGGCCGUUAAAUUCCAGUUUAAUAUUUCUGAUAUUUUCGCAGUGUUAAUGAUUAAUUUCUUUGUGUGUCGUGUCGACAGUCUCAGCUUCUCCUCUGGCUACCAACCCCCACCCACACUAACGACACAUUACCGAAAUAAAAUUAAAAUUUCAGCCUCGAAAAAUAUCAGGAAACUUUUAGGCUGAAGCGACACGUUUCGUCGACAUUUUUUUGACCAUUUUGUCGAGAUAAUUUCCACACACGGACGUGAUAUUAAAGAUUGAAAUAUAUUUUUUUUCGACAGGGACUAGGUGGAGCAGCAGUAGUGUUGUGUUUUAAUCGGAAGCAUAUUGAUAUUAUUAUCAAAUCCCCCCCGACAUUUUGUCUCUGGUAUAAUUACCACAGUUUAAGGAGGAAUGUGAAUAUUCUGUGUGUGUUUGAAGGAGGGGAUUUGGAGUUUUUCUACUUGACAUAGCGAGGAUUUUAAAAGAAAGAAAAAACAGUAGGAAAUAUCCACAGCUUUAGGGUUCAAUGUAAGCUAGAAAAAGUCGUUUAUUUUCACAGAGUCCUUCAUUUUUAACCGAGAGAAUGUCAAAUAUCACAAUGGUUGCUAUGUGAAACAGAAAAAAAAAUGCAGGAAAUAGCCAAAGGGCACCAGUUUGUAGGUAUAAUAUGGGCUUUUAUCGACCUGAAGUGUGUUAUUUUGACAAAAUCCUCCAUUUAUGGCCUAGAAAAUGUCACAUAUCACAUUGGCUGCUUUGUGGAGAGAGAAAAACAGCAGGAAAUAUCCAGAGGACACCAGUUUUAAAGGUGACAUAUGUGCAGAAAGUGUGUUCAUUUUGACACAAUCCUCCCUGUGUGGCCUGGUUUAUAGAAAAAUCACAGUGGUAGCUGUGUAUUUUUAUAAAAGCUUUGUUUAAAUAUUAAUAUUUUGCAGUGAGCUAUUUCAAUAACAGGAUAUACCCAAGGUCAAUACUGUAGUCUGUGUGUGUCUGAGUGUGUGUUUGGAUUAAAUUUAUUUGUUUAUUCCUGUGUGAAUCAGCAGACAUGUUAUUAUUGAUAUUUACAGGAGUUUUUCUCCCUCUCCUUCUUUCCUGUACUGAAACUGUGUUACAAAAAUCUCUCUGCAUUAUUCCCAGAAAUAUCACGAGAACUGACGUAGGCAGGGUGCAGAUUAAGGGUUUCCAUCUUAAAUUCUUGUGUGUGAGUGAGUGUGUGUCAGUGUGUGUCAGUGUGUGUUCACGUUUUAGACAGCGGGCUGCCUCUCUCUCUCUCUCUGCUCAGAUUGUAUUAUGUGGCUUUUAUUUUCCUGCCUCCUUUCACCACUAGGCUGUCCGAGCAGCAGCAGCAGCAGCUCUCCGGUGGUCAUAUAACACUCCUAUAGUACAUAAUAGUAUGUUUAUGAUACUCUAUACUCACCUGAUGGUAGUGUUUACGUCCGUCUCUCUCUGUUAUUAAGUUAAAUAUGUGUUUGAUAUCAAAUCUGAGGCGGAGUCUCUCUCAAAACAAUAAAUAUUGAAAUUUUUCAGCUUCAUUGGGUUAUUACUCACCCACAAAUCUACCUACCUACUUUAUAUUUAUAACUUCUGGUCAUAGUAAACAAAACCGUCUCUAAAUUUCAGCCGUAAAGUUGAAAUCUCUUGUUUUUCUUCGGUCACGGUGCCAUUUUAUCAGUUUAUCAAAGCUGCAGUAUGAAGAUAAUCUAGUGUUUGUACGCAAAAGUGCUCUACCAAGUAAAUUAAUCAAACUUUAUUAGCUUCUAUUUCCCUGUUUUAUUACUCAUAAGUCCAAACUGAUCUCCAGGAUUUAUCAAUUGCAUAAACUUUUAUAUUGGUUUGUACGUCAUAGUUUCCCCAGAAUAAAGAUAUGAUCUAGAAGUGAUUCUUUUAGAUGAAUUUGUGUUCUGAAUUUUCCAAUUCAGAGGCGACCUGUUGAGCUGCCGGUAUUUAUCAUUCAGUUGAUUAUAUUUUGGUGUUUUAGCGGACCAAUUUUCUGCAAAUUAUUAAUUUAAGAUACACAAUUUUAGCUUUACCGCUGCCGCAAACAUCAUACUUUCACAUGUUAACUGAUUUAUUGUGUUGUAAGACACGUAAUCACAUUGAACUUCUCAUAGUCGCAUUAACAAACCGAGAUCAUGUGUUUUUACAUCAAUUGUCGUUACGAUGUUUACGCCUCGAUCAGACUCAAACCGGACUGGUAGCGUUCUGCUUGUUUUUCGACUUUUUAUUUUGCACAUGUGUGUCAAACAUUUAUAUAUCUUAAAUAUUUAAAGUUAGGAAAACCAUGAACAUUUACAUUUCUGGGUUCAGCAUGCUUCAAAGUUCUAGAAAAGUUUCAAAGAUGACGUCUGUGGGCCAAAUAAGCUGAAUUAUUAUCACGUUAAACUGAUCCUACUGUACUGAUGUUUUAUCCACAUAUCCAACAAAAUAUGAAUCAUUUUAAACAACCCAAAAAAAAAAAAAGAAAUCAAAAUAACAGUGCUAAAGUGUUAGCAUGUUCCCCUGUUUUUCUGUUUCUGUAUUGAAAACAUAUCGAUCUUAAAAGAUCAUUGAUUCAUUGAUCACAGAGUUUGACGAUUAUUUUCCAAAAAAGUUCAGAUUUCUUUAAGUUUAGCUCCAAUUAAAACUUUUAAAGUUAAAAUUUUGGGUUUCUAAACGAGCAAAUUAUUCUCUCUGUAUUUUCAAUAAUAACUCAAAAACAUGGAUUGCUUAAGAUUUAUUGAUCGAUCAACAUAUUCAACAUUCAUUACCUGACGUUGAAAACUGUUUGUUGUUUUUACAUUUUAAGCCAAAACUCAUCGGUCUAAGCUCAUAUAGUACGGACUUUUCAUGUUCCUGAUUUUAGGAUUUAUUGACAUGAAUAUCUUCUUAUUCACUAAUCAGUCUGAAACAUUUUUAACAAACAGUUUAGGAAUUUUUACUGUUUUAAAAUCAAAUUGGAGCUGAAUUUAAAGAUGAAUUCAUUGAUCUGUAGAUCAGACAUGGAUGACCAAAACUUCUCGGUGUGUAAAAUAUUUAAAGCUGCAAAUUUUAGUUUUAAACCAUGAAUUUAUAAGUUAACUGAUUUUUAAAAAAUAGCUGUUUCUCCUCUAUUUUUCUGUUGAUUUAUCUAUGACUCAGACAUUUAUAGUGAAUGAAUCCGCUCUAUUCUCCUUCAUAAUGUUUCCUUAUUUAGGCACAAACUUCAACAGUUGAUCCUGUUUAUGAGCCCAGAUUAUCCUAUAAUCUGUCAGUUUCUUUAUGCAGGGACGGGAUUCUUCCGGAUUAAUCAGGAAUUCUGUAUUUUCCGACCCAAAGAGGAGACCCUGAAUCAGACAUAAUGAAGCAUUCAGCUUAAACUGUUUGUGAGACAAACAAAAACAAUAUUUAAUCAAUUAUGGUUCAAUUUCAUGAACCCAGCUCCUCAGAUUUGAGUCAAACAGUCAUUUUAUUUCAUACUUUUUAGACUUUUUCCUUCUUUCUGCAUCCUGCUUCUCUGUCAGUGUGGACUGGUGACUGAAUAAUGAUCUUUUUAAGGAUAUUUCAGUACUUGUUUCAUACUAAUCCAUUUUCUUUGAUUGUAUUUCUGGUGUUUUUCUGUGAAUCGUUGUGUAAUAAUCCUCUAAGUCUCCAAAGUCAGUAUUUUGUUAUUCUGCCCCUCCUAAUUCACCUACAGGGACCCGCCCGCCCUCUCAGAUAAGAUUGUGUCUGUAGUUUUGUAUGCUGCCUUAAGCAAACUUCACCUUUACUGAACUAAACGUACGGAUCAGUAUUUGUCUUCUUGAGUAAUUAAGGCGCUGAACCUGGUUCCUGUUUUAAUAUUAGUGACCUAAACGUUUCACACAGUAACUGGAAUAAGUUAUUUGGUUUCCUCAGAUUGUUAUUUGAAGUGACUGACAUACAGACUUAAGAUACUUUUGUGCUGCUGUCUUCAGAGCCACCAGACUCCAUUGAGGAAAACUGUCACAUUUCCUCCCACAGCUCGAGUGUUGCUAUUCCUCCGCCGCCUCGAUUUAUUAUCAGAUUUUGUAAUAACUGUGGGAGUUUUGAGUUUGUGAAAGGUCAGUUUAAAUGAAACUCAACACAACCAAAUAACUGGGAGACUGAACCAGCAGCAGCGGGCUGUGAGUCAAGAUUAAAUCACCAUUUUUGUCAGUGGGAUCUGGUGGUUUUGAAGGGGGGCGGAGGCUGUUUCUGCUUUAAAAAUUGAUUUUUUUUGUUAUAAAAGUAUGUUUAUCUUUACAUCCUUUCUACCUGCAGAGUGAAAUCUUAAGCUUGUGCACCUGAGAUAAUUGUAAUCUUAUUUAUUUAUGUAGGAUACUGAACAUCUACCAACAUUAAUGAAAACAUGCUAAAAUGAGCGCAAAAGCAGAAUUUUACUUUCCAAAUAUAUCUCAAAACACUUCACCACAUCACACACAGAAUAACACAAACUUUAAGAAGUCUGUGCACAGCAAAUAAGUUUAAUAUCCUGUGCAGAGCGAUUAGUAAACGUGUGCACGAACAUGAUAUAUCUAUACGGUGCACAAUCUAUUACUUAAUGAUAGUCUUGUUGGCCUAUGUUCAUUAUCUUUUGUUCACACCUUGAAACUCUUGUGCAAACAAAGUACACAAUGAUACUCGUCAGCAUUUCUUUUUUACUUAUAUUUUUAUUUAUUUACAUUUUGAAUUUUCACGUGCAGAAGCGAUUUUGUGUACGAAUCAAAAACACAUCUGUUUUCUAGAAUCAUGUCAUCUUAUGCCGAUGUUUGUUGUUACCUUGUGCAGAUGCAGUAUCGGUUAUGACUCCACCUGCUGUUAUUAAUCAGUUAUAACCUCGCGUGUUAGAUUUAUUUGACCCUUUGUUUGGCAGAGAUGUUGGAAGAGCUUCAUGUUGUGUUGAUAUGAAAUCAGCCUUACUUGAAUAUGUUGAUAUCUUUAUAUUGAUCUGCUGUUGAAUUUUUGCUGUCCGCCUUGUUCGCUUUGCUAACUCGAUCACAGUGACAACAUUAAUUUAGGGGUGAGGCAGUUUCAUCUCAAAGAUUCCUUCUUUUACUUAUGUGUAUGCCAGGUUCACUACACAUGACAAAACAGGACAAACUACUUCUAACAAGACAGAAAUAAUCACAUUUAUCUGCCUAUCAGGUUUUAUGUGACGGUUUAAUUUCGAAAAUGUUUUUCUAAAUCCUAAAUACAUUCACUCUUUAAUUAAAAUCUUUAAUAUCAGCCGAUAUCACCUCCAAUAAUCCUCUGGAGACUCCUCACAAACUCUGUUAUUUAACUUUAUAGUUUGAAAAAGAAACCAAACUCUUUAAGUGAUCCUGUUUUGACUUCUUAGAUCUAAAUUUAGCUAAUUUACUUGUGCGGAAAUAUACAUACAUAUAUCUGUGUAAAUAUUGAUCAUUUUUUCCUCACUCUGUAACUUUUCUCUAACUUUCAGGCCGGUCAUUCUCUUCUAUAUCUGCUAUAUUUAACCUCUAAAAGGAUAAUUUGAUUCUUUAGCGUCGCUGUAAUGUUGCUGAAGAGUCUUCCAGUAAGAUGGCAGCGCUCUGUUUUGCCUUUAAAAGCUUUUAAAUGUGUUUUUGACUCUCGUUACGUCACCAAAUGUUUCUGUAAUGUUUCCACAGAGACUCUGAGUUUGAUGGAUUCUCCUGUGGUUUUUUUGUCAUGAGUGUUUUUGACUCAAAGCCGCGCUCUUGUCUGUGUUUGGUGAUAGUUCUUUAAUGUGAAAUUAGCUAAAAUUCAGGCCUGACGCUCCUGCAGAAAGUGACGGUGAGCUCUUCUGGCUCUGUUGUUUUUCAUGACUUUCCCUCGAGGCCUUUUUAAAGAGUAUGUCUGAUCCUCCUCAGUGACGUAGCUCAGCAUUAUGUCACUGCAUUAUGUUGUGCAGAGGCUUCUUUUAAUUCUAGUGUUAUUAAUAUUGCAGCCGUCUACCUCUGAUAUCUAAAUAUAUUUAAGCUGCGUUGAUAUUUAUUUGGUAUCUGUCUAAAAAUUGAUCCUGGGCCUGCUGCAGCUGGUCUGCAGAGCUACAGCGAGGUGGGGGUUGGAGGGAGGGAGGGAGGAAGGGAGGGAGGGGGUUGACUGUGGUGGGUUAUGGGUAUUGGGUGGGGGAGGGUGUGCAGGGUGGGGUGGGGGAUGUGGAUGAUCAACACAGGAGGGGGAAUUUGAGAAUAUUCUGCAUUUAGACGUCAGCAGCAGCCGCAGACACACAGACAUGCGGACGGAGCGGCUGCCCCUUCUUUAACAAAAUCAGAAUAUUUCAGAAUAAAAGCAGAAAAAUGACAGAGUAUAUCUUAAAUUAAUCCACCAGAUCUUUAAAUUACGUCUAUCAGCAGUAAAUGAAAAGCAGCUGCACAGUCUGCCGCGCCCUCGGCUUCAACACACACAAGGCUUUUUAUUCAUUUAAUGAGGAUAAUAAGCUUGGCGAACGUGACCUCUGCCUGCUUUAUUUUAAUUCACUUUAUAAGAAAAUAAAUGAAUCAAUCAGGCUGUUGAAGCCGCUCAGCUGUUCCUCAUUUAAUCAUCAAAUCAUUUCUUUAUUAGUGCAUCAAAGGAGGAAUAGUUUGAAGCCAUUUUGAUGAACCGAUAUGAAUUUUUUAAGUCUAGUGUGCAGCCUCUCAAACGUGGGGAUAUGCUGCCUUUCUCUGUCGUCUGUGGUUGAAAUAUUUUGAGAAAAAGAUGCAUUUAAGGCUCAAUAUGAACGGAUUUACAGAUAAAAUCACUUAAAAAAAAAAAAGGUAACCUGGAGAUGACGUGAUGGUAAUAUCGAGACAAAGCUGCAGCCCUUUUAAAACAUUCAGCAAAGAUUUAUGCCAGGUAAGGUAAAAAAUGUGUCAGGGUAGAUUUAGCAAAUGAAAGUGAGAAUCAGAGAAACACAGCAGCAGCAGAAACACAUAAAAAGAUCUAAAGGUCGGACAUAAUCACUCAUUUUUAGAUUAACAGUAAGAAGACAUCAAGUUAAAGCUCCUAUGCGGAGUUUUUAGACAGUUCUGAAACAGACUGAAAUUAAUAAUACUUUUGUACGACCAAAAGAAGCAGAAACGACAUCAAUGAUGAGACUGAAUAUAAUAUUUAUCAUGUUUUACCGUCUGAAAAUGCCUUUAGUGGUUAGGUGUCAAUUAAACCUUCAACAAAGAUAUAUUUGACUCUUAAAAGUUUCUGUUUCAAUAAAGUCACAUUUGAAUGUUCACAAAUUCAACGAUAUCAUGAAAGCUACCGUUCUGUCCCCAGGGGGCGCUUAAAUCCACUCACAGGAGCUUUAAAUAAAAAAAUAACCAAGUUAGGAAGUAGCUAAGUUAAAUUAUAUUUUGCAUGCGUUUUGAAAUAAUGAGGUAAACAUAGUGCUAAAAACAAACAUGCCAAUAGGGGGCGCUAAAGUCAGUAUGCAGGAUACGCUCUUUCUGACUGUAAACAAACCGUUCUCGACCUCCUUUAACCUGAUUGGUUGUGAGGCAGACGCUGCUCCCCCGUGUCGUUCAUACCGAACAUCGAACAUACCGUCAACUUAAUGCGCACAGUCCUGGAAAUGAUCAAAUCUUCUGUCAGAUAAUAAAUACAGACACUUUAAUGAUGCAGCAUCGGGAACUUUUUUUUGUCAAGUACUUUUUUUUUAUAAACCAGAUGAUUAAUUGAUGAGCAGAGCCAAUAAAUUCUUGAAUUAAUGAUGAUGCUCAGGGCUUCAAAUUAGCAGCAGUCAGAUGCCGCUGAUAAAUGCAAAUCGCUGGUAUAAUAGUAGCUGGUUUAAUACGGACAAUAACAGCCUUAUUUUGUAUCAAACAUAGUGUCGUAUUGUGGCUCAGAAAUAAUAACUUUGCUGUCAGAAAAUCUGCAUUUAAUCAACUUUUCAUGUAAACAAGACAAACAAGACUCCUUGUUUGCUGCUCUGAUUAUUAGAAAAGACUUCAAACUGGAGAUUUUAUCUGAUCAAAAUGAUAAAUAAGCAGAUAUAAGAAGAAGAACAGUAAAUUCAGACCCUGUUUGAGCUUGAAUUUGUGCAUUUCUUUCAUAUUUGGUGUAAUUUCCACUCUGGACGGUGCAGCUGCAGGGUUGUGUAUUAUGUUUCAUGUCGGGCUGCUGCUGUAACUCAGUCUUUUCUUCCUUGAACUCCUAACAGAGGAUUACCGAGGAGCCGAAGCGGUAUCAGAAAACAGCAGCAGUUUUAUGACAGCAGAGUUUUUUCUUCAGAGCCGUAAAAACUGCCGAGUCAUGCACCAAAGAGCUGCAGGUCGUGGUUGAAGCUGUUGCAGAAGUUUCACGAAGAAAGGAGGCCUGAUAAAAAUAGAGAAAUAAACAUUUCCUGAUAUGGACCCGGUGUAUCACAGCCUCUCCUGUGAUAAAGAGCUGGACUGAUAUCGAAACACAUCAGAGAGACAGAAUCACUCAGACUGAUUAGAGAUUCAUCCGCCACUGAAAGUAGGCCCCUAAAAUUAGCUUGUUUUGUUUUCUGUUAAAAUGUAGAAAAAAUAUCCAAAUAAAAACAAAAACGACAGAAAAUUAUUGAUCAGAACUAAAGCCAUCAAUUUAUCAUUUUUUAAGUUGUUUUUAAAGUGUGUAUCACCUGACUUUUGUCUUAUUUAGUAGCUUUCAUUACAUCCUUUUAAAGGUGGGAUAAGCAGGAAUCUGUUAAAGAAGCAUCUUUUUUUGUGGUGUAUCUACAAAAAAAACUUCUAAUAUCAGUCAAUAGUUAUUAGUUAUUGAUGACAUGGUAAUAUAACGAUAUCUCUGUUUUGUUAUGUCUGUGUCGUCAACAUUUGAACAUUUUGUGAGUGGCGCGCUCUUUCUGACUGUAAACAAAGCCGUUCUCCACCUCCUCUAACCUGAUUGGUUGUGAGGCAGACGCUGCUCCCCCGUGUCGUUCAGGAGCCCAAACAAAGUUAGCGUGCUACAAUAUCGGACAGUAGAAACCAACCAGAAAGUUCGGAAAAUUUCUGCCGACACAAGCAAGAAAACAAAGUAAAUACCGGAGACUCUAGAGGAAUAACUUAAAACGGAGCUAGACUGGACAAGAGCUAAAAAGCCGGGUCAACAUAAACAAUGGGGGACGCUUGGGGAUCUGGCACUUCCUCAGAUCCGGACUACACCACCUUUAAGCAUGAAAACAGAGAGACUGUAGUCGUCACUGGUGUGAACGAGCGUAACAAGCUAACAGUUUCCAGGACAAACAGCGACAUCGUCUGCGUCUGUUUGAUCUGCAGCAUAUGUCAAAAACGUUAACGAUGGAAGAGCUCCGAUCUUUGUGUUUAACACUGUUGAACUUUCCUCUUCGCCGUCUCGUGAUGACUGAGAAAUUAUGCAGUUUAGACGAUGACGUCAUCUAGCGACUUUUACGACAGCCAUUAGCGACUUUUCUUACUGAGGAGUUGGCAUCACGGCUGGAGACAGAAAGAUUGAAGAGUGUCAACGUUAAUCCACGUCCGGUGGUUUGAUCAAUAUUUCUUAGUCUUUUGUGUUUAAUUUCCUUCUUGUGCCGAUAUCAGUAUAUUUUCACCCCGACGAGCCACGCUCCAACGUCCCUUGACGCAGAUGGGUUAGAGUCAGAAGUUUGAAGUUGAUUUUUGGUUGAAAAUUUCAGGAUUUUAGUUGACCAAGAAUUUCAUUGGUUGAUUACAGUCAUACGGAUGUCUACUUUUUGUUUGCAGACACUCGUCGUGAUUGUAAAUGAGGGCGUCACGGCUAAAAGCUUUCAAUUCUAAAUAAAGAGACUAAAUUUAAAGACAUUUUCAAACAUAUUUAGUCUGAACAGAAACUUGAUUAAUCCACUCAGUUACUGUUGAGAUUACUCUGUGCUGAUGCCAAUCACAGAUUCAGUCCUGUGCUUCUUCAUCACCAUAACUUUAACUUGAUUCCCUCCAGAAUAAAGAAUGAUUAACUCCCUGUGAUGACUUUAUGACGAUGUGUGGCAGAGAUCGAUUUGGGUCAGCCAGCUGAAAGUAAAAGUGAAACUGCAGAAAUUAAGUCUUUUUUUUACAUUUUGGUUUGAUUCUUAUACACAGGGUUUAAAAACAGGGGCUUUUCUGUUGAGUCAGCUGAUAAUUUAUUAGUUUUGAGGAUCUUCAGAAGAAUUGUGAAACUCUCAGAUGAUCAAGACUAAACAAGUUUGUACCCGCCUUCAGGUCUGACUCUUAUGGAGUCAGCUCUGAAUCAGCGUUGGUGAUAUCUGGACAUAUUUUGGGUGACUAUCAGGAACAGCACAUACAGUUUGAGGUGUUAAUGUUUAACAUUUCCUCUCCAUGUCGUUUAAUCUGUUACGAUAUCCUGCUACAUGAGAAAAAACUGCCUCACUGCAAUAUGCUGCAGUUUUACAGUCAGACGUGUUGAUGCCUCUGCAGUAUCUUUGGAUUUUACACCUAGACAAUAAAAAUGAGCUCCUCCUCUUUUUUCCUUUUUCGCUGCAUUUAUAUUGGAGGAAAAAGCUGAAAAGUGGGAAAAUGCGUUUAGCGCCUUUGUUCAAGAAUCUGCACCAAAAAAACGAAAAGGUUUGGUACUAAGGCCCGACUGAUAUGGAUUCUUUGGGGCCGAUGCCGAUACCGAUUAUUAGGGGGAAAAAAAUCAGAUUAACGACUGAACGGCCAAUUUUUUAAAAUUUUUUAUUAAGUUAUAAAAAAAUAUAUAUAUACUGUAGAUAUCAACAGUAUACUGAAGGCUACUACUCUUCAUGCUGACAGGAAGACCAAACUGAUCAAACUUGGACCAGAAAAGCGUUUUCAACUACCUCCCAUCCCCCACCCUCCGAUCGGUGCCUCCACGUCUUAACUCACGUUCCUCAUUUCUAGUCCGGUCUCAUCUGGAGACAUGCAGCUGCCUCAGUCAGAGAAGUAGCUCGAUCACGUAAUGUGUACUGAUGUUUAUUCUACCGUUACUAGCACGGCUAACAGUGAAGAAGUGAAUAUUGUCAUGAGGUUGCUGCGCCAUCUACAGGAUAAGUCGGGGAACUUUUCAAAUUGUGAAACCGAAUGUUAUUCUCUGCAUUUUAUUUCUGAAAAUAUCGGCGAAAAUCUGCGAGUUUUGGCCUAUUAUCGAUUAGUCUCAAACGGGCUAAAAUUGGAACGUAAGUAAACAGAAAAAUAAAAUGUUUCUGUUCUUCAGAUUCUGUCCCUAAAGAUUGAAAACCGUGAUGGAAGAAUCAUGAAUGUCGAUACAAAACAAAAUAAAAUAAGAGGUGGAGUUUAGGACGGCAGUUGGCCUCCAAACAUCUUCAGUGCAGGAAUUCAUACUAGAACAGUGUUUCAGAAACAGGCUGUUUAAAGUUGAGCUCGUUUGAAUGAGUGUGUAUGUGGUUUCUGUUGCUUUCGCAGCCAGCCUCUAGUGGACACUUGAGGAAGUGCAGGUUUUAGCGCUUCUGCAUUGGCUUCGUUUCUCAUGGUUGCUGCUUGGACCCACAUGCUGGACUUUACAGGUGCUAUGUGAAGCUCCGAUGUAUGCUUUAUACAGCAGCCUUUAUCAGGAAGGAUUAAAGUGAUGUUGAAGCAGGAAGACAUUACUUUUUUUAGCACCUGUUUCUAGAGGUGGGUUAUAAAUUAUUUGUGUCUCAGCUGAUUAGAGGAGUUUACUGACUGAGCGUUUUCUUCUUCCUCUCCAACAACAUUUAGAGCUUCAUUUCUGUUGUUUACGGAUGAAAUUCUGAUCUAUGAUGGAUGUAAUACAAAUACUGAAUUAAACACAGCGAUCUGUACCUUGUAUUCACCGUUGUUUCUCUGUUGUUUCUCCCUCAGUGGUUGGGUGCUCCCUCCUGCCAGCGAGGCAGCUACGCCUUCUACAAAUCGGUGAGCAGCCAAGCUCAGCCGGACGGGCCGGUGCAGGUGUGGAAGCUCGGGGAGUUUUACUUCAUCCGCUGUGGGCCGCAGGAUCCCGUGUGCAUCGCUGAGGUGAGCUCAUGCCUACUCUGCGUGUGUGUAAAUGUUGGACUGCUCCUUUAACUGUUGCCACAGAUUAACCCAGACAACAUCGUCUGACUGAACCGGGAGCCGUGAAGUGGGUCACCUUGCGGCUCUCCUGCCCGAGCUAGAGAAGACUAAGGUUAUGUUUUAUUGAGUCUAGAUCCCAGAGCAGAGCUAAAAUUAGUGAAUUUAGGUCGCGGGCUGGAAACGUGUUAAUGAGAUUGUGUCGGAUUUCAGUUGAAACACUGAAACAAAAGUGACAGAUGGGGAUGGAUGUACAGUUUUAUGUUUUGAAUGCAUUAAACCAGGAAACAACCUUUGAAUACUGACUCAGUAAUAUGACGUAGUCCAGAUUCAUGGUCCUGGUCCUGGUGCAGUUUUCCUGACGGUUUGGUUCAGUCACUAACCCGGGGCUUCAUGCAGGAUUUGAGUCGGCUACACGACGGCCUUGAUUUUUGACGCGCGUGUAAACAGAUAUGACUGUCAACAUGAGCAGCACAGCUCACCUGAUGAUUCCACAAUCCGUGCAGAUGUCAGACUUUUAUUUUGAAGGGGACAGUUAUUUGGUGAAAGAAGUGAGCGCUUCAUUCCGAGCUGAAAGUGUCAGAAAAACAAAGUUAUUAAUCAUGUUGUCUGCAGGUAAGGCCCUAGUGUGAAUUAAUAAAUAACAUCAAUUAAUAGGAAAUAAUAUUAUACAUGCUCACAUCUGUAUGAUCAUAAGGAGCCAAAAUGGUACAUUCUUCAAAAUAAAAGCCCCUCCUGAAAGAAAAGUCAGGCUUUUACUUUGAAAAACAUUCAACAAAUGCUUCCAUGUUGUAUUUUUAUGCUUGUGACAUAGUGUCGGGCAAUAUGAACAACAUCGUAUCACGGUACGAUGAGUUUCAUAUCAUGAUAUGUUUUUCCUCCUGUUAAUUCAAUUCAUGUCUUAAAAAUAACCAGACUGUCGCAUUUGUUCAUUUUCCUUUUAUUUUUAAACUCAGAUUUGUAAAAAAAAUACGAACUAAAUGUCCGACCACUCUGGUGAUUUUUUUAAUUAUGUGGUGUACCUUUGGUGAAAGACUCUGCGGAGCUCUUUUGUCUGAGAGGAGCUGCUGCAGCUUCAGUUUUUGGUUUCUAGUAUUUCCUCCUCCAGAAACGACAGACACACGACACUCUUUGCAUAGUUUUGCUUUUUGAUUGUUUUUGGAUUUUCUAAAUCCAAAGAAUCUCCAGACAACCGAUGUCGCGACUCGCGCCCUUUUACGGAAGAAGUUCCUCCUCCUCUUCCUCAUGUUGGGUGGGUCGGGCUGCCUUCGUUUGCUGGGCACUGCCACUAAUCACUGCCUCCUCCUUGACCACCACAAGUGAAGCUGUUUCUUCUUCGUGGAAACUACGCCAAACAGUCUGCUGGACCCAAACCUGACCAAUCAAACGGAGCGAACAAACUCUGUACGACACGUUGGUGAUUAUACAGAAACGCACCCAAACUGAUGCGCUCCUGCUUUCCUGUUAGUGAGCACAGACAAAUACACACUGACUGAGAGAGGCGCAGCAGACAUCUGCUCUCUCCCUCUCCGGUAUAAACGGUAUAACAAAAUUUCUACCAGUAGACACUUUUAUACCGUCAUACCGCCGAACUCUAUGGUGACACAAACUCACGUAUCUGUGACAUAUUUUAGGAGGUAGAACAGCAGCAGACUCAGUCCAGCAGCAGAGUGUUUCUCCUGCUGGAGGCGGAGCUCAGGUGUGACUGUGUGGCUGCAGGUGAGGCGGCUGAUUCAGGCGGUUGUGUACUCAGUCAAACAUUUCUCUCUGGAUGAUGAAAUAAAACAACACAAAACAAUCAGCGCUGAUGUGGAAACGUCUGGAUGUUAGUCAGCCAGAAUCACGUCUGACCCACAAACCUGCUCGCUCUGCUCCACUUCGGCGCUCCUCCUCCUCGUCACACUCACACGGCGGUUUCUCUUUUCUGAGGCUUUUUCAGGCGGAGUAUUUAUCUUUCUGUUUCCUGUUUCCUCACUGUUCAUACUGUAGCCAUGCCCUCAGAUUUAUGAUGAGUUCAAGUGCCCUCAGAUUUCUCAGAUCUAGAGUCCGUUUAUGCAGAUUUAUAACCUUCUUGACUCAUGUAGGCCACUCGACAUGGUUGGAAAAUAACAGUCACACGUGCGACCUCUUUGAAGCGACUUUCAAUUUCAGAAAACCUGUUGAUACAAACAGAUUUUGACUCUAUUUUAUUGGAAAAAGUACAAAUACAACAAAUGAAUGCUGACAAAUAUUGUUUUAUGUAAAAUUUUAGGUUUUCUGCCAGAAACAAGUUUUAAAACAAGUUCAAACAGGACAAAAAAAACCACUGAAACAGUUUUGCUGCUUUAAAAAACAGCAGGAGGAACUUCUUCAAACAAAUGAGGUGAAUUUUAGUCAGGUUAGUCACAUGACUUGGUAUAAAAAGGACAUUCACAGAGGCUGAAUUAUCGUUCAGAAAGUUGUCGACCUGUUGACUCACACGGUCUCUCACAAACGAGGGGAUUUCACCGUCUACAGUCAGAGAAUCUGGAGGAAUCUCUGUGCUAAAGGGACAAGAACCAAAACCAGGACUGGAUGGUCCUGAUCUUCAGACCCUCAGGACCGCAAAAAAACAGACAUGACUCUGGGGUGGAAGUCACUGCAUCGGCUCACAAUCACUUCCAAAAAUCCAUCGUCUAUGAACAGAUUUCAUUUCUGCUCCAUCAAGCCCCGCCCACAAACAGACGCUCCUGCUCGCUCGUAUCGUUCCAAUUAAAUUCAGAUAUAAUGCAGAUAAAUACUUCAGAUCAUUACAAAUGGGGCCCAGUCAAGGUGAAAGUCAAAAGCAUUGGUGCUACUGUAGAUGCCAACAGACUACCAGCAAACACAAUGUUUGCAGGACUUCUACAACGAGGAUAAAGUGACAUAGUCCAGGACCCGAGGGAGGACAGUUUAGCGAUGGCGCUACAACACGCUACAGCAGGUCCGUUUGACAAGAAACACUUCUGUUACAGACACUUGUCUUACUUUGUUAAAGCGGUUUACCUGUCCAGCAGAAAGGUUACAGGGUCAUCAAGAUCCCCAAGCGUCCCCCAUCGUUUAUGUUGACCCGGCUUUUUAGCUCUUGUCCGGUCUACCUCCGUUUUAAGCGCCCGUUAUUCCUCCAGAGUCUCCGGUAUUUACUUUGUUUUCUUGCUUGUGUCGGCAGUCGUGGCCAAAGGAGGAUUCAGACAAUUUUCCGAACUUUCUGGUUGGUUUCUACUGUCCGAUAUUGUAGCACGCUAACUUUGUUUGGGCUCCUGAACGACACGGGGGAGCAGCGUCUGCCUCACAACCAAUCAGGUUAGAGGAGGUGGAGAACGGCUUUGUUUACAGUCAGAAAGAGCGGACCGCUCAAAAAUGUUCAAAUGUUGACGACACAGACAUAAGAGAACACAGAGAUAUCGAUAUAUUACCAAAUGUCAUCAAUAACUAAUAGGUAUUGACUGAUCUUAAAAGAUUUGUGGUAUAUAAUACCACAAAAAAAGAUGCUUCUUUAACAGAUUCCUGCCGACCCUCAUAAAAUGUCUUAAAUACAAACAUGAAAGGUCUUAAAAAUGUCUUGAUGUUACUCACAAAUAAAGAUGGAUUUUAAGUUAGUUUAACAUUUUUUGAUUUUGCUUCAUGGAUGUGAAAUGGAUCUUAAAUUGUUUUGAUGAUGGUCUUCUAAAAGUCUUAAAUUUGACUCGUUGAAACCUGCAGAGACCCUGCAUGAAAGAGGAGACCAGAUAGAAACCAGAUCCAGAACCAGAACCACCAGAGACUCCUCUGGACCUGAGCUGACGUAGAAAAUAGACGAAUUUUCUCUGGGGGAAAUCACGGACGCUAUACUUUUGAUCUGGAGAAUAGAAGGACCACCCGGCUUCUUAUCAGCUCCCAGUCCAAAUCCAGAAUCCCUGAUCGGACGGGGAUAUACGACAAACGCAGACAAGGAUCCGAUCUCCGACAUGUUGAUUAAUCUGAACAUUUAACGUAAACCUCUGUCGUCAUGCAGCUGCAGCGAUCCGCCUCAGACUCUCAGUCUGGACUUAUCUUUAUAUAACUGUGUUUGUUUUUUGUUCACAUUACAUAUCUGACUCUGACAUUUUGUCCAAGGUCACAGAUAUCCGCUCAGACGCUCACAGUGAAGAAAUGUUCUUUCUCUAACCGUGUUCGUCACAAUGAUAAUUCAGAUUAGACGCCGAGUGAGUUCUUCUUCUUUUGUGCUGAAGGUUACACGUGGUUAACUUCCUGAUGAUUGUUCUGAAUAAAUAAAUAAAAAUCAUCCGUUUGGACUCACUUGUGACCCAGCUCCAUAUUUUAAUAACUCACUGUUCUUCCUUUUCUUCUUCAUGUGCAGGUAACUUUACUGUGGGAGGACCAGACACGGCGCCACCUGCUGGCCAGCGCCCGGCUCUACUUCCUGCCUGAGGACACUCCUAAAGGCCGGACUAGAGAGCAUGGAGAGGUGGGUCAAAGGUCACACUUUAGGUCAUUUCUUCUCUGUGUGAAAAUAUUUCCCCGAUUGUUCAGUCGACCUUUAAUUCAAACCCCAGCGUUGACAAACCGGAGGUGAAAACAACUUCCUGAUAACUUUAAUUCCACUUUUAAAACCUUUUUCCUUUAAAUGAAGUAUUCGAGACUGUUCGACACGUGUUGCUGAGAUUCAGGUUGAGCUCUGAUAGACGUGAAGGUCCUCUUAAUAUAAUCUGCUUUAACAGCAUCUAUUAAUAACCUCGUCACCGGAGCAGCGGCGCCUUUUUUAUCCAAACAUGUUGGGCCUGAAGCAGCUUUAACUGCGCUCCCAGAUCAGAAACAUUUGAGCAUUUAUCAAAACGGAAACGUAAUUUCAAGUCUCCUCUCACAUGAAGCUGUUAAAUGAAGAAACAAAAGCUUGAAUUUGAUGAGAAUGAAACCUGCUGCGGCGAAGAGAAGUCUCAGACGCGUCUCCAGCUGCAGUGUUUUUGAUUAUCAGCGCUCUCAUGCCGACUGCAGCUCAGCCUUCAGAAGAAAAUCCCCCUUUUGGGAAUGAGACUAAUGUAUUACCCAAAUGUAAAUCCUGUGACUCGUCUGAAACCAAAAGUUUCCACAUUUUCAAUGUAGAUAUUCCGGAUGGAGGCUUUGAAAUGAGAUUUUUAUUUUCCUACAUGAAAACGGAGCGCACUGAGAGGACAGGGAGUUUGAUUUAAAGUUCCGUUUUAGUGUCACAAGUUUCAUUUUUUAAUCUCUGAAAUCUGGAGGAUCGACUUAACAAACAUGAACUCAAACAAAGGCUGGUCAUGAAUUUAAGGGACUUUUUUUUACUGAAUACAAAGAAAAGAUCAAUUUUCAUGCCAAAAGAAAGCACAUCAAACUCAGAGAUGCUUGUUAAAAAUAGUUUAAUUUUCAUUUGUUAGAAUCUGCAAAUAAAUUAAAGUAUUAGUCGGAUAUCAGCAGCAUGAUGUUGGUGUUAGCAGAUAUAAGUUUUGCAAGUAACGUCAUAAUGUGCACUAAAGUAAUGCAUCACCCUUUUGGCAAAGGAUAACUAACUUUAAGGGCUUUUAUCUGAGCAGUGAUAGUCUAUAAAUGGAGGUGUGUGUAUGUGUGUUUAUCUUUAAAAGUGUACAAUGAUCAUUUAUGGAAGGAUUACAUGUUUUAUUCCUGCUCUGAGACAAAUAGACGGUCCUGAUAACAGUCCUGAGGUUGAUUUCAUUUCAUUUUCCUCAGUCUGAAGACUAACGUGACCCGACAUUUAAUGGAAGCAUUUACAGUUUUUCUCUGGAGUUUAGGGCUUCACGAUUUUGGCCAAAAAUAUAUACAUAUAUAUAUAUAUAUAUAUAUAUAUAUAUAUAUUUUUUUUUUUCUCUGAAAACUUGAUUUUAGAUUUCUAUUUUUUAUUCAGUGAGAACUUCACCAAACUUCACUUUAAUAAAAACUUUUCUAUCAUCUCUGAAAACCAAACCACUGAAAACGAUGUAGUGCGUAUGCCAAGAGCCUGUAAGCGGCUAAAGGUUGUUUUUGGUCGGACACGCUCAGGCGAAAUGUAAGAGAAAUGGUCGUCGUUUACAGAUUUAUUCAUUCUCUGACCCGUUUUCAAAAAGUACGUUUACAGUCACCUGAAAUGCCGUUUCUGUGUGGAUGAAACACCGAUACGACAAAAAACUUCAGCGUUUACUCCUGAGUUCGUUUCCGAAAUUGGGGAGUUUACGGUGGCCUGGAGGUGUGAAACAAGAGAGUAGAAAAAUCGAUUUGAGGAGUUUUAUUUUUUUAACGUCAUCAUAAUCGAAUGAUCCGAUUACGAUUUAAAAUCAAGUUAUCGUGCAGCCCUAGUUGAGGUCAAAAAUUCGUAUAAAAGUUUGGAGUUAAAGCAGGUUUGAUUCUUCGUAGUUUCUUAAUUUUAACAUCUUAAAAAGGACCCCAAGAGUUAAAAAGUCUGAGUAAUAAUGAUACUAAUGAUUCGACGUCCCUCUGAGCCUCCCUGUGCGAAGACUCCCCCGAGCACUGAGGUGCGAAUGAGCUCACACCUGGCUGCAGCAGGAGCUGGAAUGCGGGGAGCUCCCACCUGGCCGGGCUCCAGAGGGGGGUGGAGGGUUUUUUUCUGGGUGGAGGUGGGGGGUUGUGGGUUUUCUGUCGUCUUUGCCUAAACAAGAGCACAGCUGACAAACUGGAAUGGGAGGAAGUUUAAAAGUAGGGUGAACAGUUUGUCACACGUGUGAACUGUUUGUUCAAAGAACCUUAAAGAGGAAACACAAAGGAGAGGAAGUCACAGAGAGCGUCCAAUAAAGAGCUCCUCCACUUAUAUGAUGUUGACACACACGCUGAACUUGACCAGAAGGACAAAGACAGCAGGACAGCAACACAAACAAGUUUAACACAAAGAACAAACAGAGGAUUAAGGUUAUCUGUGGUUACAACCGCAGCUUCUCCAGAGUUAAAAAGGUAAAAAAAAAUCAGCUGACUUUGUUUCUACUUCAAGAAUUUGAUUUAAAAUAGUGUGAAGACAUUUUGUUUGGAAAAGUUGAGGGUCUUGUUACAUUUAAUACAACAAAGUGUUUCAUCAAACGUCAGUGAACCCAGCAGACCAGUUUCUGGAGUCUGAAAAGUCUGAAAACUUCGGACAUUGACUCUGCGUUUGGAACCAAAUAGUUCAGACUUGCUUUCGUCCGUCCAGAGGACUUGUUUCCAGUCAUCAUAGGUCCAAUUUUUGUGAGCUUUUGCCCACUCGUAUCUUUUUUGUGGUGCUUUUUCGCCGAUCUCUCUUACUGAUGACAAUAAUGUUUAUUAUUAUUAAUAUGUGUAUUUCCAUGAAAACAUUUAGUGCAAAAGGAUAGGCAUAGAAUAUAGAGCGAACAGAAUAACUGUGUUUCUGUGUUUGAUAUUAAAUAAAAAAAAAAAAGACUGGAUCAGAGUCAUUCAUCAGAUAUCCGAUCCAGUUAAUUUGUCAAUAUUGGAGCCAAUAUCCGAUUCAAAUAUCGGAUCGGUGCAUCCCUACUCUUUUCAUGUUUUCCUCUUCUGUGUUUCAUCGUUUCUGUCCAAACUUGAUUGAAACGUGUCGCUGACAUCAAUUAAAAAUAAUCGUAUCUUUAAAACUAAACAUUAACAUCUCUUCGUUUUAGCGGCUUCUGGAUAAUUACCAAUGAAAUGAGGAGUUUAAAUGAUUUGUAGACCAUCAGAUCAGCAUUUAUAAACACUGGCCAAAUGAUUCUCAAUCCUGGUUUCAUAAUCUAAUAAAUUAAUAAAAUAUUCCAGAGGAUGAUGACCCCGGAGUUUGAAAUCAAAUGAAGUUUUUUGGAUUUAAGUAAGAAAAAAAAGGUUUUAGGACCAAUAAAAGAAGAAAAAUCAGACAGUUUAUUAGACAGUUAAACUCCUCAGACUUGAUUAACUUUAACAGUGGUCUGUCGUGGACUUUUAUGUCCAAUUUAGUGGAUAUUUAAUAGUUUUAGACAUGAAAAGAAAAGGAAAUGUCAUAAUGUGUUUUGACUGCCUGACGUCAUUAAUCAGAGCUGUGAUUUAACUCUCUCUCUCUUUCUUUCUGCACGUGUGCACUGAAGCAGAGCUGCAGAUUUUUCACCUGAUUGUCUCAGAUGUUCAUAUUUAAAGACACAGUGUCCUGUCUGCAUGCAAAUCCUCUCACACUUUGUAUAUCCAUCAGAAAUGCCCUUGAAAGCACACGGCUUAGCACAACCAGCUAAGACUUUCUCUCAAAGAUCUUCAAAUGUUGCUCCUAAAGUUUUUGGAGGCAGAUUUAAGGAGCAGAGGGAGAGAGCUGACGCUGCUGAUGAGAACAAAGAAGUAAAACACGGAGAAAAACUUUUAGUUUUUAGAUGUUUUUACAAAAAUAAUGCGUCAGUUAGUGAGAAGAUUCUCAGGAAUUACUCCCAAAGUUCAGCUUGAAGCCGCUCGGUCACAGAAAACCGGUUCAGUCUUUGUGCAGAGACCUUCUGCCCUGUUCGCCUUAUCGAUCCCUCUCUGCAGGGUGUAAAUGUGGAGCAUGUUGAAUUAAAGAAGACCGGACUGUUGGGUUUGUUGGGGAUGUCUGCACGCUGCCUGAGAGGCAGAACUCAGGGGCACAGAGAGCCCACGGCAGCUCCUGCUGCAGCUCGUUAAGCUUAUUGUGUUCGCAGAAGGUGAUGAUUGAAGGUGAUUCAUGAUUACAGCAUCAUUUUAAUUUGCACCUUCUUCUUUUAUUUAUUUUUUUAAUCUCACCUGCUCUCUGUUCGGCUGUUCAGUGAUAAUGAUUUCACACAUUUGAAAACAAAAAUAAUGUUUUUAUAAUUCAGUAAUUAAGUUUUGGUUGGCUUCAAUGACAGGAGUGUCGAUCGCUAUACCAGAGGGACUGAAGAGCUUUGCUGCACUGUGAAGGUUGUUUAAAGGCUUCAGAUUAACCUGCUGUUAUUGAGACUAUCCUGUUUUAUUACAUCUCUUUUUCUUACCUAUUUUAUCUUUUUAUUUUGGUCUCAUUUUAUGUUGUAGGGUUCUUGUCUCGUCUGAGUUCCUUAUGACAAAUGAAAUUGACCUUCGAAUCAGAGGACUUGUUUUAACUGAGAUUUUGUUUUUUAUUUGUUUUUCAAUCAUGUGAUGAUGUUCUGGGCAUCACGACUGUUAGUCAAAGCACUAAGUAAACUUCGGUUUUUAAAAUUGGGAUAAAAAUAAAGUUUAUUAUUAUUAUUAUUAUUAUUUUGUUAUAAUUAUUAUUAUUAUUAUUAUUAUUAUUAAUGUUUUUAUGUUAUUAUUAUAAUAAUAAUGAUUAUUAUUAUUUUAUUUUGUAAAUGAUUUUUUUAAAUUAUUAUUUUAUUGUGCUCCUAUAAUAAUUAUGAUUCUUUUGUAUUAUUAUUAUUCUUUUUAUUAUUAAUGUUAUUAUAAUUAUUACUGUUUUUAUAAUUGUAUUAUUUUUAUUAUGGUAUAACAGUUAUUAUUAUUUUUAAUAAUAUUAUUGUUGUUUUUAGAAUUUUUAUUUAUGUUAUUAUUUUGUUAUUAUUAUAAUCAUUAUUAUAGUUAGAAUUAUUAUUGUUUUUACAAUUAUAUUAUGAAUUUUUUAAGUAUGUUAAUAAUAAUAAUAAUAAUAAUAGUUAUUAUUGUUGUUAUUAUUACCAUUGCUAUUACAAAGCAGGAGGUGUUUUUAGAAUAAACAGACACUCUGUUAUGAUCCAUCAGAGAGAGAGAAUUAUCUCUCUUGAUGAAUUUCUUUGUGAUGGAUUAAUCAAAAACACAAGAAUGAAUGCAGACGACUGAACUCCAGAUGAUAUUAUCAGUAAAAACCCGCAGAAAAUACAUCAGUUUAUUUUCUCUGUGUGUGUUUAGGACGAGGUUGUGGCGGUGUCCAGGAAGAUGGUGUUGCGGGUGGAGGACCUGGUGCGAUGGACGUGCGUGGAGCCGGUCAGUUGGAGCAGCAACAUGAAGCCGCAGUGUGGGAUGAACCGGCUCCACAAACCUCUGCAGAGCAGCGAUGGAUUCAACAACAACAACAACAACAGCAGCAACACUUUGAACAAGAUCAACGAGCCGCUUAAAGACAAAACCGAGAGUAAGAAACGACGAAACACGACCGGAGAAAACCAAACUGUGGAGCUGGAUCAUGUAGAAGUCAGGAUUUAAUCUCUGCUCUCAUGUGUCUCCUCUCAGACGAGCAGCUGGAGCGUCACGGCGUCAAAGUGCUCAGCUACCCGCAGUACUGCCGCUUCCGCUCGCUGCAGAGACGCAUCCAGGACGGAGCGAGGGGGGCGGGGCUGCAGGACCCCCACCUGAUCGCUCUGGGCGGAGUCAAAGCUACCCCCAGCACCCGACUGAUGUACUGCAGAGACACCUUCAACCACCCGACGCUGGAGAGUAACGCCAGCUUCUCCUGGCAGUUCAGUGAGUGUUUCAGAGCGGGCGUUUGAAUCGAGGGACGAUCAGAACCAGAUCAGAACCUUCAUGUCUCAUUUGUCUUUUUUUUCCUGCAGGAUGUCCGUCUCUCAGCCUUCGAGGACGACCCCGGAAGAGGAGAGGACGAGACGGCAAAGAGUCUCCGACCUCCGGCCAAUCGGAGUCCUGGAUUGACAGGAUGAAGGUGUGAUCUUAUUUUCUAAUGUUUGUGUUUUAGGAGUUUGAAGUCGGUUUAAACAUCGUCGGUAUUUCCGUCCUCAGGAGAACGUGAUGGGCAGCGUGGAGGUGGGCUGUGAGGGCAGCUGGCUCCCUCACCCUGAAGAGCAGCUCUUCCUGGAUCAACUUUUCUCCUUCAUGGACCGGAGCGGCUCUCCCAUCCACAAAGUCCCCAACCUGGGAUUCAAGAAAAGUGAGAAACACAAAACUUUUAUAUUUUUCCUUUCUUUGUUUCUUUUCUUCUUUCUUAUUUAAGUUCAGCUUUGAACAGUAAAUAACAAACUUCUCUGUUUGCCCAGUUUUUCUUUUCUGUCCGCUGCUCUAUUUUCUCUGAUUUUCCUCUGAAAGUGUCUGACUCAUCCGUCUCUGACCCUUCAGGGGCUUUUGAUCAAUUUUCACUUUUAUUUCACCAGAAUUCAAUUUUCACAUAAAAAGAUUUAAUCUCCUUUAAAAGUUUUUUUUUUUUAACCUAUAAAAAUGUUUUAAAGAAAAUAUGAUUAAAUAAUUUAAUUACAGCUGUCGUCAGAUUAUCACUCCUGAACAUCAGAAAAAGAGAUCGAAAACUUUUUAUGUUUCUUAUUUACAUUUCUGUCGGUUCACUUCAAAGAGUCAAAAGUUUUCUUUAUUGGCACUUUUAAAAAACACUUUUUCUUCUCUCUGACCUUUAUUGUUAUUCUGACUCUCUACUUUUCACUUUCUUUCUUUUCUCUCUUCCUCUUUUCAUUUUCUACUUCCUCUCAUUCUUUGCUGACUUCUUGUCGUCUUUCUCUUCUUUUCUUUCCUUUUUUGUCUUUUCAUCCUUUGUUUGUUUUUUCUUUCAGUUUGUUUCUCUCCAGUCCUAUUUUCUUUUUAUCUUUUUCUUUCCUUCAUCUCUUCAUCUUUUUUGUCGCUUUCCUUGUUUUUCUUUCUCUCGUGUUAAUUUUUUUUCUUUUCAGUUCUUUUUUCUUUCUUUUUCCCUUUAUCCCUCUCUUGUCUUUCUUUCUUUCUUUCUUUCUUUCUUUCUUUCUUUCUUUCUUUCUUUCUUUCUUUCUUUCUUUCUUUCUUUCUUUCUUCUGUUUAUCUUACCUUGUCUUUUGUCUUCUCUGAUGUGCUGUUCUUUUUUUGUUGUUUUUUGUUUUUUCUUCUUUGUCCCUUUUUUCUUUUCUUUCUUCAGUUUCUUUCUUUUUUUAAACAGUUUUUUUCUUUUUAUGUUUCUCCACCUCUUUGUUGCCGCGUAGGCCUCCUGUCUUUCUUUUUCUCUUCUUCUUAAUUUCUCUAUUUUCUCUCUUUUUUACUCCGACUAUCAUCAGUUGUUUGUCUUUCUUUUCACUAAUCUGUAAUGUUUUCUUUAUUCAAACUGUUUUACUCUUUUUAUAACUCCUUCGUUUCCCCCUCGUUUUACUGCGUCUGUUUUUCUUUCCCUGUUUUUCUCUGAAAUUGGAGAAUCUAAUUUUUAGUCACACUUUAUCCCUUAUAGGUUCAGGUUUCCUGUUUUUCUGGCUCCACCUUUAAUUAUUGAGUUUAAAACAGACUUUAUUUUUAUUCACAUGAAGUCUUUAACAAACAUUAAAUGGAUCCUGAUGCGAGGUUCGAGGACAGGGUGAAUAAAGGUGCCUGUGUUGGAGUUUCCAGAAGGCUGCGAGUGUUCGGAGCCCUGAGAGCUGAAAUGACGAUGCUCGCUCUGCUUAUCUCUGUUCUCGUCUCAGAGGUCAUUAAAGUUUCAUCUGAUCUGGUUGAUCAGGAUUUAAGCUGCAGUCGAACUCGCUCUGUAGAGCUGAAAAUAUAAAACCACUGCAGGGGUUUGAUUGAUCUUGAUUUAAUUUUAUCUUUACGAGCAGGAGAAUUUAAAACCGCCGAGUUCAUGUGACGCUCUGCAGAUAAAAAUCUCUCCAGAUUGUUUUUAUUCACUCAGAUUGCUGCUUUCUAUCGGAGCUAAACCUGAUUUACAUGUUUAUCUGCCCUGUGUGUGUUAUAUAUAUGUCUCUGCUCUCUGCCAGUUUUUAACCUGCGUCGUCCUCUCUGUCCUCAGUCGACCUCUUCCUCAUGUAUUCUGUGGUCAAGAGACUCGGAGGAUACAAAAAGGUGAGCCUCUUGAAUUUUUAAUUUGAUAUCACGUUGACUCCUCUAGUUUUUUGUUGCAGAGAGUCAAAGGUUUUCAUGAUCCUGCUUAUUUGUAAGAACUCGAGUAGGACAUUCAUGUCAGUGUUUCUGUCCUCAUUCGGCUCUCCGUCUCCUCAAAACUCUAUCGAUAAAAUCUUUUCCCAUCCCUAAAUUCUACAGACUGCAGGACAAGAUGUUGCUCCUCUGAUUUCUGUCAUGUAUUGAGUCAAUAGUUAAUAAGUGAAUAUGCUCGACUAUCUGGAUGAAUAUAUUCACAGCUUCAUGUUGACUCUAUCCUGAGCGUUUUCUUUCCUCUUGACUCAUGAGUAAGUCGAAAUCUGAAUCACUGGAACAUUCUCAGUUUCUGAUUCCUAGUUUCACCUCCGCUGUCAGGGAUUCAUCUCAGUUGUUUGCAGUUUUGGCUGAUCAGAAUCGACUUUUUUACUUUGUUUAUAAUGAAUUUUUAUAAACAGUCACCGAUUUAAACCCUGAGAUUUAUUUGAGAUGACAAAAGCGGCUCCACGGGAAUAAAACCAGUCAGACAAACAGAAAAACAGCACAACAGUCUCCGCUCUGAGCCGCUGAGUUCACAACAAAAGGUUUCUUUCAGCCGCCGUACUGAACAAUACUGUACGAGGCGACACAGUGUUACCGCCUUUUUUACGCACUGUAUGAUGUAUUUAAUUCUUUCAUACACGCUCAGCAGCGCUUCACUCAGCGCCGCAUGUUUGAUUUAGACAGACAUCCUUACUGACGUGUUUUCAGGAGCAGUCUGUCGUUUGUGUUGCUAGGAGUCUCCCAUACAAAACAACAACAACGACGACGAGAGGUGAAGGGAUUCAGCUUUUUUUGGUCAUUUAAGGGCAAAAAAAUGAAUAAAAGAGGACAAACUUUUAUGUUUUUGAGGGUUAAAGCUUUUUGAAUCAAAGAAGUGUCAUUUUAUAAAGUUCAAGAGUAAACAAAAAAGUAUUUCUCAAACUUUUUUACACUUUUAAACUAGAAUUAACGCGACUUUAACGCAUUAUUGUUAUAUCAUUCAAAAUAUUAACACAUAUUAAUCUCACCUACUGUAUUUUUGCACUACGAAACGUUUCUGACUGGACGAGUUUCAGGUAUUCAGAUUAUACCGGUACACCCCGAUGUGAAUGAGUGCAGCAGCGAUUCCAUUCCCCCGAGUGCACGGAAAAAUGAACAAAGUUGUGGAUGAAUGUGGAUGGGUAUUUUUGUUGAAAACUAAAGAUGGAUGGAAACCUGGAUUAAAAUAAUAGUCUGGUGCAAACUUUGCAAAAAAAGAAUUUGCACAUCGCUGCAGCACGCCAAGCCUCCGCUAUCACCUGAAUGUUAAACAUGUUGCAGCAAGCGUGGAAGCUAACGUUAGUCCGACUCCAACUACAGUGACCCGCGCCCAACCCCCACUCGACCCGAUGAGUGGAUUCAUAGCGAAGACGAGUAAGUCCACAGCAGAAAAAUUAACAAACUCUGCGGGUCACUGGGUGGCACUCGGCUGUAAAAAUUGAUUCAGUUCAUUUUUAAUAUUUCUGCACUUUAUGGGAUAAAAAAAACACCGAUCUGUUGGUCUUGGUUAAGUAUCACCUGGAAAAAACAUAAACAAGGUCUUGUUUGCUUUAGCUUAUGUAUUUAGUCGGUUCAGAAUGAUUCUCAGGUUAAAUAUUUACAUGCGAUUAAAAUGUGAUUAAUCGCAAUUAAUUGAUAACAAAGCCUCUGAUUAAUUAGAUCAAUUUUUUUAAUCGUGUCCCGGUCAUAUUUUAAUUUUUUUGCUUCUUGUGUAAAUUUUCAAUUUGUUCCCAUAAUUACCUGGUUGUUCAAACUUAAGAGGACUACUGCUGGAUAGAGGCGUUAAAGUCUGAUGUUCUCUUCUCAGGUGACCAACGAUCGUCUGUGGAAAGUGGUUUAUAACGAGCUGGGAGGAUGUCCGGGGAGCACCAGCGCUGCAACCUGCACCAGGCGACAUUACGAGAGGUACGACAGAAAAACGACAAACCUGAAACUUCAACGCCAAAACUGAAGAUCCAAACGACACGUACGAGGAACUAUGUGUGUGUCUGUGUGUGUGUGUCCCUCAGGUUGAUGCUUCCCUACGAGGAGCACCUCAGAGCAGGGGGCGGAGGAGCCGAGUUCAAAAUCCCAGAAUCCCCCUUGCCUAUAAAACCUAAAGGUAUCAGAGGAAGGAAACCUCUUCCAAGAGGACGGAAACCCGGACCCAAACCCAAGGACAAGAAGAUCGCAGCUGCUGCUCCUGCACCUCCAAGAACUGUGAGUGUAAGAAAUUAAAGUCCUGAAACAAAGUGUUGAGGAUAAACUCACUUAAAGGGAUAUUUCAGUAUUUUUGAACUGAGGCUGUAUAAGUUACAUAUCACUAGAACGUACGAACGGAAUCGGAAAUAUCGCCCCCUAGUUUUGGGGAGGAGGACAUGUUAACAUCAAUAAUUCGAUUUUCUCAGCUGCAUGUUUACAUGGACAAAGAGAGAAGUCCGAUUCGGUGAAAAAAACGAACUAUGAGCUUAGUCUGAUUAAAGUGUGCAUGUAAACGCACUGAGUGACAGAAAGUUACAGCUGAUUUCUGUUCUUCUACCAGAUCGUGAAUCCAAACGGCACCAUCGUGGUGAAGAGGGGCCGAGGUCGGCCACCGGGGACCCGCAACAAGUCCACGCUGAUUGCUCAGGCCAAACUGAUGGCUCAGCAGCAGGCUAAAGCUAAAGCAGCAUCCGAGUGUCAGCAGCAGAGUCCUCUGAUUCCUCCAGCCAGAGCAGCUGCAGCAGCAGGAGGAGGAGGAGGAGGCAGCAGCACUCACAGGGUAACCACUCAAUAAUCUGCUGAACUUUACUGCAGGAAAGAUCUGACUUUAGUUCAGAGUUAGACAAAAUAUACCAAAUAAUCACCACAUAGAGGAUCGAUUAGACUCAAAAUUAACCCAAAAUAAUGAAAAAUCUUUUUUCAGUCUAUGAUCUAAAAAGCUGCAAAUAAAUGUGAGUCAGCUGUUUUUAAGAUAUCACAAUUUUACCCUCUGUGAGAGUUUGAAGAAGCUUCCUGAUGAAGACCGACGGAUGUAAACAGGCUGCUAAAUCCGGCAGCCUGGUCAAUAUGAUCCAGAUCAAUACAAACCUCGAAACCACAUAACCUUAUUUAGUUUGAACAGAGACAGAGCAGGCGAGGCUCCCCCUGCUGGCCUCAGAGGGAAGUUUGAAAUGAUAACAUCAAUGUUGAACUCAAAGCUGAAGUCUCUGUUUUUAAGUCCUCCAGUGUGACAAUUUCUGAUCUUCAGUUCAACGUCAUUUCUGUUAAUAAUCAGGAGCAAAUAUGACUCUGUAAAUCAGAAAACACUCUCACCACCCCCUAAAAAUUCAUGUGUUUUUUUAUCCAUGUAUAUGUAUUCAUUUGUGUUUGUAUUCAUUCUACACCAGGAAUACUGACACCUGACACACGUUUUGACCAUCUAAUAUUCUAAUUAGAAUAUUUGUAUGAUAGAUACGUGAUUACAAGUACAACUAGUACUUCACGGUCAGUGUCGCAUGGUGACAUUUUAACUUUUAGGGCUGGUGAGAGUAUUUUCUGAUUUACAGAGUGAUAAAAAGAGAUAUCCAAAGUCCUCUUCUCCCCCUCCUCUGACUCUAGUAUGUCAACAAAAUAAAACAAGUUCAGUUUUCGGUUCUGGAGAAUGGAAAUUAGUGCAUAUUUAAUAAUAAUAAUAAUACAUUUUUUUUGUAUAGCGCAUUUUACAGGAGCUCAAAGACACUUUACAGAAAGUUAAAAUAUAUAUGUUUAAUUAGAUAUUACCUCAUUUACAUAUUCAAAUAUAACAUUUGACAAAACUUGUAAUACAAAAAAUAUUUGUUUUAAUGUGAGUUAUAAACUUGGGAAGUUUCAUGGUGAUAUCUGUUUGUUAAAAAUUUCACCCUAUUCACCUUGGGUGUCUCCUACCCAUCAUGGACGCCAUCGUGAUAAUGACGCCUUUCUAACGGUCAAACUUUGGUAAACUUUUAGUACCCGCCUAUUACGACAGAGUAUUUGGGCCACAUAAAGAAGAAAAAAAGACUUCAAGAUUAAAGUCGUGAUAAAAACAUUACUUAUGAGAAUUAAGUCGUAAAGUAAAUUUCGUCUUGAAGCUGCUUUUGUGGAGGAGGAAAUGUCUGAACUGGUGUCUGUGGGAGCAUUUGUGGGUCAUUCAGAGAGUUUUUGUGGUUUCUCAAGAAAUAAUCCAACUGAUGAUCAACAUUUGAGAUUCAGAGGGAGUCGAUCUCCGACGAGAACCGCGUCUGUAACCUCCAUCUGCAGAAGCACCAACACCUUAUGGCAAAUAGAUUUAUGUGAUCAACUAAAGACUUAUGAAACUAUUGCUAUAAACGGCUGUAUUGAGGGAUUGAACCUCUGCACAGACAUUUCCCCCUCCUCAAAAUCAGUGAUUCCCUACUAGUCCUCCUGGUUCUUUCUGCGGAAAAGAUGCAUUUCUUGCAUAUGUCCUGAUACUUAUGACAAUGUGAUGUAUCUAAAUUCUCCACAGCGCUCAUUUAAACAACGAACAGGUUAGAAUAUUAGCUAUAACUUUAUUUUUUUAAGUAAUGAUUUUAUUACGACUUUAUCCUCGUAAAUAAUGCCGAGGUCUAAAAUGUUUUUCUUUUCUUAAUUUUCUAAAUGUUUAUUUCUCUUUGGGUUUUAUUUUGGCGGUCUGCAUUAACAGCCUUCCCUCUCCUCUCUUCCUUCCUUCCAGCCCAUCCAGCCGGCUGUCCUCCCCCCCAACAUGCCCCUCACCCCGGACCUCUCCCCCAUGUCCGCCCCCUUCCUCUCCUUCCAGCCCAAACUGAAGGAGCUCAAACCGGACCGAGGGGAGUCCACAGCUCUGGCUCCGGGCGUCCUCCUCUCGACGCUGCCCCGCCACUUUGUGGGAGGUUCUCUGGGUGGAUUCAGCCCCAUCAAAGGAGUGUGUCCCCUGGAUGUCUUUAGGAACCGCAUCAGCCUCCAGAGAGGCCCGGAGAGUCCGGCUCUGACCCCGCAGGACCCGACCCAGCAUCUCCCCACCAUCUACGCCCUCCAGCCCAAAACUGGAAGCCCAGAUACGCCUCACCCAAGCGGGGACCAGCUUCAGCCUCAGCCCCACCCGCUCCACCAGCAGCACAACCGCUGCUCCGGCUGCAACGUGGACGAGGCGGCCCAGAGGGGGGUCAGCCGGGACGCCAGGACUCGGCCCCUUCUGCCCCCUCUCCGGGUCCUGCCUCUGAACCUGGACUGCAGUGUUCAGGUGUGCCAGCUGAUGAGGACUCGUUUGGGCUCGUCUCAGUUCCAGACCUUCACCCGCCGACUCUCUGAGGCUCUGUCCCAGGACCUGAGCGCCAAGCCCCCCUGCUCCCCCAUCACGCCUCCCCCUGAACAGGCGCUGCCCCUCAACCUCAGCAAACGCUUCGCCACCAAGAGACCCAGCACAGACGGACCAGAACUGAGCUCAGCAGGUGUCAACGGGAACGUAGACCAGCUGCCAUCCAAGAGACCCAGACUGGGAUGCACGGAGCAGAACGAGGACCUGAACCCGGAGGACCGCACCAGCUCUGGAGGAAGUUCUUCGUCAGGAGUAGGAGGAGGAGGAGGAAGAGGAGAGCAGGAUGUGGAGAUGAAGAACCAGGAGGAACCUGCAGACCUGAGCUCCCCCAGCAGGAUCCGAGCCUUCCUGCUCGGGCUGCCCCCCUUCCAGGUCAAAUUUGAGGAGGAUCUGAACGGGACCAGAUUUGGGAAGUUUCCUCCUCCUGGAUCUAAAGCUGAGCCCCAGAGGACCGAGACGGAGAACGGAGAUGGAGUAAAGAUGGAGGUGAAGGAGGAGGAUGAGGAGGACGAGGAGGUUGUGGAAAUGGAGCGAUAUCAAACUGAAAAACCCAAGAAGGAGGAGCCAGAUGCCACCACCUGCUCUGGUCCUGGUCCUGGUCCAGCAGAGGUGAGGAGAGCCACUUCCUCCAACACAGACACACACUGUUUUUAGCAUUUUUCUCUCUUGACUCGAUCAGGAAACUCUUCCAUAAGUCAAGGAUUUGUCUGUUCGGAGUCUGGAAGGUCAUAUCCGGCUCAGGUUUGAACCUGAACUUGAGGAGCAGGGAUCUUUUCUUCAUCUUUGAUAACCUUCAACUUUUCCUGUUUUCCAAACUUGUGUCUCUUUCUUCUCCAUCACGUCGUUGACUGACCUUUGAGGAGGAACGUCAGCGCAGACUCAUGACAAUCACGGAUUGGUUCUUUUCCUUCAUGUCGUCAUUUCUGUACCUUCAGACUCUUCGACAAACACUGCCAUAACCACCAUAACACUAUUAACUCCACUAUUCAAUGUUACGCUGAAAUAUUGAAUAAGAUCCAUAUUACUGAAAUGAAACUAAAAACUCAAUAUUACAUCUAUGGGUGAUGCUAUGCAUCAAGACUUCAUAAACUAGCAUCUUAGAGUGUACUGUAGUUUGGUAGUUUGAUUUUUAAAUUGUACUCUACUUCUGUAGAGAGAUAGUUAUUUUCUGAUAAAGUGUCUGGAUGUUCUCUGGAGCUCCUCGGUCUUCACGUUAUAGCUCGUUAAGUGAAGCCUUUCUAUAGUCCUGCUUGUUAGCGAAAUAUAUAAACCUUUCUUACACGUAUGUGCCUUAAACAGCCGGCGAUCUGUGUCAUCGCCGGCUUCAAAUCCAUUUCGUUAAAGAGAUACCUUAAUGUCGGACCUCUGACGGUUUACUUUGCUCUAUCGCGGGGCUGGGUUUCCUCAAGUUUUGAAUGUUGUGAGACUGGAGAAAAAAAAAAAGACAAACUCGUAAAAUCAGGGUUUAAAUCAAAGACUGUGGAUGGUAGUGGAGAACGCCGUUGUGACGUCAUUUGCUGGUUUUGUGGACCUAGAAUAACCAACUGUAGCUCGUUAUUUUAGACGCUGAUUUCAGUGAAUGAACGAUUCCUCCCCGGGCCAAUCCUUUCAUGACAGGAAGUCCCACUGGCUUACUUACAACUGGACGUCUCUUUACAACCACUGCAGUCGCCCCCUGCUGGCCAUCGGUAAAAUCCAAGUUUGGCGGCUCCGCCUUCUCUAUUUACAGUCUAUGGUUUAAACCAAGAAACCAUGACGACACCCAGCCCUCUUGUCAGGAUUGUACAGACCACUGUGGACCUUUUACCGUUUGGCGCCCAUCAUCCAUACGUUGACAUCGCCGCUGUUCACUGACACCCGUCCUCCACAUCAGCAGUGGAGGACGGGUGUCGAGAAAGGAGUGAACGUGUAGCUGGAACAUUCAGACUACCUCAGGUUAAUUUUUGAAUCAGUCUCCGUUCCCAUGAUGCAUUUGGAUGUCUUUAAACAGAGUCGUACCCAAGAUCAAAUCAUCAAGUUUGUUAUCGUUGGUUUUUGUCUUUACAUGUAGUCAAGACUCCUUAACCCAAACUCCUAAAGGACCUAUCAGCUUGUUUGAAGAUACAUUUCUGUACUAAUUUCAUGUCCGGACAAUAAACUCCGACUUCUACUCUGCCGCCAGUUAAAAAAGGAUUCGGCCGACCCGUACCUUUAGUCACAGCGCCAACAGGCAGAGCGGGGACUUCUUCCUGUUGAUCGAUUGUAUAAAACAGACCUUAACCUUUUAUCAGUGAGCGCAAGAGGACCUGGUGGGUUCAGGUUUGUUCCCUAGCCUAUCCCCUCGUUAUAACAGGGAGAUAAGGACAAAUAAGUGUGAGGAGGCGUGUUGAAGCUAAGGGAUGCCAACAUUGGAAGUACAAACUUAACUCAACUUUUGGUUUUAUCCACGUUUGCCGAUAUUAGAGCUCUGCCGGUUUGGUCACGGCGUCAACAGGCAUGGUGGAGCGAUCAAAUCUUCAACCAACCAAAACACAGGCAAAGAGGUGAGGCUAAAUUGGACUUUUAGCUUCCUAAUAAACAAUUAAUGCGGACUUCCAAAUUGGCUACGCCCCUUAUUAUGCAAGUCAAUGUAACUUCGCCUUAAAGUAAACAAAACAGAUGUCAAGUAUGUGCAAAUAAAGGACUGAACAACCUACUUAAGUGUUUUCUGUAACACACUGAAAAUGCAAACCUUUCAGAUUGCGUCAGCUUUUGCGCCCCCCUGUGGACAGAGCAGUCUUUGCUGAUCUUGUCCUCUGUAAAGCUUUGACGGUCAUAACAGGGAGAUAAGGACAAGUAAGUCUAAGUUGGCAUGUUGAAGCUAAGGGACGCCAACAUUCAAAGUACUCACUCAACUCAACUUUUGAUUUUAUCCACGUUUGCCAAUAUUAGAGCUCUGCCGGUUUAGUCACAGCGUCAACAGGCAUGGUGGACGCCAUGUUGAAAAUGCUGAUUCAAGCAAACCUUCAACCAACCAAAACACAGGCAAAGAGGUGGAGCUAAAUUGGACUUUUAGCCUCCUAACAAAUAAUUAAUGCGUUCCACCAAUUUGGCUACGCCCCUUAUUAUGCAAACCAAUGUAACUUUGCCUUAAAGUAAUCAAAACAGAUGUCAAGUGUGUGCAAAUAAAGGAAUGUGGACAGAGCAGUCUUUUCUGAUCUUGUUCUCUGUUAAGCUUUUACGGCCAAAAGUGUCAUUUAUUGUACGUCUUAUGUACCGUUAAAACAGGGCUCAGAAAACAGCCCCAAGUGGUCACUCAAGGAACUGCAGUUUUUUUGCAACUCCCACACUGGCUUCAUUUUCAACACCAGAGGUUUGCCACUUGGUGCUGAACAUCUCCAGGCUCAUAUUUAGUCUACUGAACUGAAAGUAGUGUUAGUUCUUAUCCUGUCCCUCCUGAUCCUGAUAAAGAUCGUCCGUUAGCGUCAGAUUAAAAUGUAAAAUCAGUCAUGCUGCUUCACCAAAGAAUACAUUUUUAUUUGCUUAACUAAUCCAUGAUUUUAUCCUUCUUCUUGUUGUGUAAAGUGCCAACACAAACAGGCUGAAUAAAGCAGUAAAUAUUAAGGUAUCUCUUUAACCGCAGCCUUUCCUUCGAUGUGUUUGUUUUCCUGCCGCAGACGGAUGUUGGUUCAGAUUUGCACACCUACUGUACAAACUUGCUUCAUUGUUUUUUUUCCAUAUUUAUAUUUGCCAACUUUUUUUUGUCAUUUUACCAGAGUAGUGGAAACAACUACGACACCGAUAUUAGGUGGUGCUGUUUAUUCUUAGUUAUGUAGCUAAUGCCAUAUUGUGUUUUUGUGUUAAUUUCUGUUGUUGUUUUUUUUUUCUGUGUGUAUAAAUCUGCAAAUUCUUUCAUCUCAGCAAGUCUUAGACAACGACUCAAGUCUCAAAACAGCUUUUUGGAACAUUUAAAGAACAGAAUAAUAGAAAAGCUGACUUGUUCUGAAAAUAUUUGCAGUUUUUACAGAUGUAUUUGACUGUUGGCCUCAUGUGAGACGGAUAUGAACUUUUUGUGAAUGAAUGCAUGAGUAGAGAAAUGUAUACUCAGUAGAUCAUAGCCGGUCAGAAGCACCAAAGCACAUGUUUUCAGCCGGUAAUCACCAGAAUCAAUUUACCUACAUCAUGUUGAAAUCCGAGUUUUCAGCUGUAGUUUGCUUUAAGAAGUGUCACUUUCACAGUAAUGUCUGUUUUCUCCUCAGUUUGAAGGGAAAGAAAAAAAAUCUAUAACAAGCAGAAGAUGGUGAAAUGCAGUAAGAGUUAAUAUAUCUCACAACACGUCUGAUAAUGUAACAACAGAUUAAUGUAUAUUUUGAUCCUCAUUGUGCUUCAUCAUGUCUGUAAAUCUGUAUUUAUGAAGGUGUGGUUGUGUCUGAGCAUGCUCAGUGUGCAGAGCUCAAACGGUAAAGGCCUGGGUUCGUGUGGAAGGGAAAGGUUCGUAUGAUAAUCUUGAGCUCUCAUAUGCUGUGUUGAAAAUUACUAAAAUUUUCUGGAGCUCUUAUCCUGAAACACUCGUUAGCUAGACGAGGAUUACGGGCUGGACGAGGGCAGGGAGUCCCGGGAAGCAGGACGUGACAUCAAAAGUAUACCACAGUUUUUGUCACCAGACAGAUGUACAGACGCCGUCUCUGUCUGCGUCCCAAAAAUGUUUCAACUUUCAUCCCAUAUGUCUUGCUUUUGUGAAUUUGCACCAAUUGUAUGAUACGAACAAUCUCCAGCUCGGCUCAUUCCGACCUUUCAUGGGAAUUUUACCCUGGGAUUCCAAGUUUCAGCUGUUUUAUGUCCACAUGUGAAGCUCAACCUAAAAAUUAGUGUCUGUUGUAUGUAAAAUUAGGCAUUGUUGUCGAAUUCAACCUUAAAGUGAAACUGAAAAACUUUGGCGCCCAAACUUUUUCCUCUAAAGCACACCCAGGUCUUAUCACGCACACUGGGAGCCUCCCAGUAAAACCACAGCUCCACCGGACCAGUUUAAUCUCAGAGUGUCUCAGUCGGACUCUCCGGACCGUUUUGCCUUAGUUAGUGUUAUUUUUGUUUUUUUAGUAUUUUGUGCAUGUUCAUGCUUACGUUGAUGAUAACAUGCCACUGAGGGCCGAGCGCCUGCCGUGUCAUUUUAAGGGGAUGGAGGUCUUCAAGUUUAGCCGCAUGUUAAGCCAGUAUGAGCGAUGAUAGGUUCUUCUUCUUCUUCUUUGGUUAUUUAAGCUUUAGUUUGUAAAAGUUUCGUUAGGUCUCUCUUUUUUUUUUCUUUGAUAAAGUUAAUAUGGAAAUGUUUACAUUUUGUUUUGCAUGUUCAAACAGAUCUGUUAUAUCCAGUGUUUUGCACACUACAGCAGCAUUGGUCCCUUAGCGGCACUGCGCGUUCAUGUUCAAUUAAGUGCCUGAUACUUAAAUUGGAGUUAAGAUAUGAAAGUGAAAUUCGCUCGUUGGCCUUGAACAGCAGCUCAAGCUGUCGUGUCGUGCUUUAAUAAUCUGUUUGAUCACAUAGGAGGACGUUGACUUGGUGAUUAAGUGACAGUUGGACACUUAACUGGACCUACAGGACUCAACAACGGCGACACCCAGUGGCCAUUUUAGCGCUCUGUGUUGUUAUGAAACUCCAUUAUAGAAAUAAUCAAAAUAAAGGGUGCUACAUGUGACAUUUUAUCAACAUACACAAAAUAUAUCCUUUUAAGAAUUUCCAGAACAACAGAGAAGCAAAUAAGACGGAGCUGUUAACACAGAGAACAGUGUUUUUAAGACUUUUUUAUACCUAUGUCAAAAAUCUUUAAAAUUGUAAUAAUUACUGUCACACAGUUGAAAAAUUAAAGCUAACCUUGUGUAAAAAAAGAGCAGAUUAUUGUGCGAUAUUAUUAUGCCUAUUAUUAUAUUAUUAUGCAUUUUAAAACCGUUCUUAAAUUCAUCUUACCAACAAAAAGUAUCUUGACCUGCAGUCAUUGUCCACCCAUUCAGCAGCACUCAAGAUUUGGUGCACCUCUAAAUCCCCCUUAAGUGCUGCAGUUGAUGCUAACAUCUGAUUAGCUCGAAAGUAUUUUUUGGGUGACGUUUUAAUCCAGUUUGAUGCAAAGGCAAAGAACGACUUAAGAACACCAUUUAUGCGAAGAGCAAUUCAAAGUGUUGUAAAAGUAAAAAAGCAUUUACAGCAUCAAAUGUUUGUUUGUGACUGCAGGUGACGUUCAAAAGCCCAGCGGUGAUGUUAUUUUCUAUCACAGCAGCCGUGAGAAUCGAGAAAACACUGCAGAAGCUGAUCUAGACCGUACCUAUGAGACUAAACAAAUUAUCAAACCACGAUUAACACAUUGUCACCAACUGUCCUAAUCUGUUUUUCAAUAAAAUAACUUUUUAAUGAAAAAUAUAAACUUGAAAAACUUGAAACUUGUGCGAAAUUUGCGAAGCCUUAACGUUCAAACAAAAUCAUGAGUAAGAACGCUCCCACGUACCUCGUGAUUUCUUUGAAUGUCAUUCUUCAAAUGUUUAAAUACAUAAAAUACUGAAAUUUCAACAUUUCAGAAGCUAAACCAAAUGAAGUCUUUCAAACAAAACUAUAGUAGAUCAUUUUUUAAAAUCUUUUGUCAAAUUGUUUGAUAAACCUGAAGAAUAUUCAACCUCCUGACAUUAAAAGAGCUAAAACUGUCAGCCCAGUUCAGUUUUUCAACUUUCCGGUUUAUAAAUUUGUGGAAACGAAAGAGGAUAAAAUUCUUUCAACUUUCUAAUUGUUCUUGAGGAUUUAAUUGGGAUGUAGUUUAAUAAAGGUGAAUGUUAAAAAUGCUGCAUGUGGCACCUUUUCAGAAACAUUUGAAGGUCAAGAACCGAUGAAUGUCUGUCACUGUCUCUGAUCUUGUUAUUUUCACUCAUUUUUCUCAUUUUUUCUCGCCCCUGAAAUAGAAACCCAACUUGACUUGCAGACAGGUGCUCCUUUCAAUUUAAACUGUGCUCUGAAGUGAACACACGCCUCCCAAGCAUCACCUGCCUGUGUGCAGCAAAAAUGGUCGCCAAGGUGUUUGACUUUAGUGUUUUGUUUUUUUUUUAGUUUUUGUGUUUAUGUUUCUUUCAGUGUGUGUGAUUUGAUGAUUGCAGAUCCACGGCACAAACUCAAGUUCCACUUUUUCUUUAAUGGUAAACAGCUGGCAGUGUCAGGUACCAUUCCAUUUUAACACUGUAUAUUUAUAAUAAAAUAAUCUGUUAAUAAAAAUAA